UUCCGGUGACGUCGCUGCGCAGCGAGCCCAUAACAGGUCUGCAGCUGUCUGAGAGCAACAAUAACAAGACGAGCUAAGCGGUCCGAAGGGGUUUUAUACCUCGACAUACGAUUAAGGCACUACUUACAGCAGAAAUCGAACCAAAUACAGGCAAAUAUGUGGUUGUCGAAAUAACCCUGGCCUAGGCUUCUUUAUUCCCCGACUCGGUGGGACGUUGUUGGGCACCGCGGAAGAAACGCCGAGAUUCGGUCCUACGAGGAGUAGCGGAGCUCUGGGCUGCAACUGGGUCAGUGGGCCUCUCGGUUGUUAAGUUGGGGAUCUGUUUCCCCAUUUCCCCGUAGUACCUUCCGUUCUUUUGGAUCCGCAUAUUGUCACCCGUACAACAUACACCAGUACCAUGCAGGCCAACGGGGCAGGACAGGACCCAGGUUCAGAGCUGUCCUGCCGGACCAGUGCGCAGAACGGCGAGGGGUCGUCCGCUGGGGGAGCUCACGCCAAUGGACUCGUCUCAGUCACAAACAAUGGAAACUCUGUCACUGACAACAACGGCCUGUCGGACCAAGCCGAUGAGUCCAACAACGCCAACGACGUCAAUUCCACCGUGAAGAAGAAGAAGCGUCUCUCGCAGUCCGAGGAAGACGUCAUCAGGCUAAUAGGGCAGCAUCUCCACGACCUGGGGCUGAAUCAAACGGUAGACAUGCUCAUGCAGGAGUCGGGCUGUCGCCUGGAGCAUCCCUCCGCCACCAAGUUCAGGAAUCACGUCAUGGAAGGAGAGUGGGACAAGGCUGAGAGUGACCUGAAUGAGCUGAAGGCAUUGAUGCAUUCUCCCAGUGCAAUCGUGCGUAUGAAGUUUCUGCUGCUGCAGCAGAAGUAUCUGGAGUACCUGGAGGACGGCAAGGUUCUGGAGGCCCUGCAGGUUCUCCGGGCUGAGCUCACGCCCCUGCAGUACAACACAGAGCGGAUCCACGUCCUGAGCGGAUACCUGAUGUGCAGCAACGCGGAGGACCUGAAAGCUAAAGCCGAGUGGGAAGGCAAGGGCAGCCCCUCCCGCACGAAGCUGCUGGACAAACUACAGACCUACCUGCCUCCCUCGGUGAUGCUUCCCCCCCGCAGGCUGCAGAACCUGCUGCGUCAGGCAGUGGAGCUGCAGAGAGAACGCUGUCUCUACCACAACACUAAGAUGGACAGCGGCAUGGACUCUGUCUCCCUGCUCCUCGACCACGCCUGCAGCAGGAAACAGUUCCCCUGCUACACCCAGCAGGUCCUCACUGAGCACUGCAACGAGGUGUGGUUCUGCAAGUUCUCCACCGACGGCACCAAGCUGGCCACGGGAUCCAAAGACACGACAGUGAUUGUAUGGCAGGUUGACCCCGAGAGCCACCAGUUGAAACUGUUGAAGACCCUGGAGGGACACGCUUACGGUGUGUCCUACUUGGCAUGGAGCCCCGACGAUGUCUACUUGAUCGCUUGUGGCCCGGAUGACUGCUCUGAGCUUUGGCUGUGGAAUGUACAGACAGGGGAGCUGCGGACCAAGAUGAGCCAGUCUCACGAGGACAGCCUGACCAGCGUUGCCUGGAAUCCAGAUGGCAAGCGCUUCGUCACGGGGGGCCAGAGAGGCCAGUUCUACCAGUGUGACCUGGAUGGGAACCUGCUGGACUCGUGGGAGGGCGUGCGUGUCCAGUGCCUGUGGUGCCUCGGCGACGGCAGGACCGUGCUCGCGUCCGACACGCACCAGCGCAUCCGCGCCUACAACUUUGAGGACCUGACGGACAGAAACAUAGUGCAAGAGGACCAUCCAGUUAUGUCUUUCACUGUCUCCAAGAACGGGAGGCUAGCACUGCUGAACGUUGCUACUCAGGGAGUCCACUUAUGGGACCUGCAGGACCGUGUGCUUGUGAGAAAGUAUCAAGGUGUGACCCAAGGAUUCUACACCAUCCACUCCUGCUUUGGAGGACACAAUGAAGACUUUAUUGCCAGUGGAAGUGAAGACCACAAAGUUUACAUAUGGCACCGGCGCAGCGAGCUGCCCGUCGCAGAGCUGUCGGGCCACACGCGCACCGUCAACUGUGUGAGCUGGAACCCCGUCGUGCCGGGCCUGCUGGCCAGCGCCUCCGACGACGGGACCGUCCGGAUCUGGGGGCCUGCCCCUUUCCAGGACGUCCAGGACACAGAUGGGCCGAAUGUACUCUUUUGCCAAUGGCAUAAGCAGCAAGCAAAUCGAGAAAGCUGCGUAACGAGUUCUUCACUCGCCUGGAUAUUAUGAAACGAGGCAAACAGGUUUUGCUUGUUUCAAUCUGAAGCAGUCCACAAUACUCCCAACAACCAAAGAAAUUAAGUGAUUAUCCUGUCAUAUUUUGGUAUCAUGAUUUAUACAUUUCUCCCAAUCCAUUGCACAGUACUGCGUUAAAGGUCAGGAAUGGUUGAUUGUUGUCGAGCAAGGGCUUUAACCUCUCUCAUUUUGCCUUUCCAGAAAGCAGUAGCAUGGACAGCUGAUGGUUGGCACCCAUCUUGAGGACCUGCUUUUCCCCCUGACGUCACGGGUAGAGAGAGAGCGUCGAGACUCCGUUAAAGACUCUGUUGAAGCUAAGAGACCUUUUUUCUUUUUUUUUUUACAGCUGCCUCCCGGAGGCAGGGCCACUGGUGCUGUUAGCUGGGCCGUGACAUCACACGGAGAUGUCAAAAAGUACAAGAAGAAAAACAAAAAGAAAGAGUCGAGCCCAUUCAAGUCGGAAGCCUGGGUAAGCAGGAAUCUAAAAAAACGGCGUCAGACGCCACCUCCUGUCUGGCGUUUGGACCCUUUCCCUCUAAAUGAACCGCCCAUCUACCAUCGAUCCACCUUUCAGAAUUAUUUAUUAUCGAUGAUAUUAUUUAUUCUCCUGAUUAAUCCCUUGAGUGGUUCGCGUUGGCUGCUGAGUAGCAGUGCGUGGCGCAGGUGUUUUUUCGUCGCAACCUCAUUUGUUGUUCUGAGAUUCAUCGCUGGCAGCGACUCAAUGGCACGGCCAUCCUGGCUUUUCCCCCCACCUCUAUCCACCGGGAGAGAGAGAUUUUAAUUGGAUGUAAUACUCCUUGAAGAAAAUCGUUGAAAACCUUAUUUUAAUGUUUUUGUGCAUUUUAACCCUAGUCAUUUGUUGAAUUAUGUGUGAUUUAGCAUUCUUUUUUUUAAGGGGAUUGGGGCUGGGGUCUGGGGAUUUAACGUGAGUAUAAGGUAUAACAAAUCUGCAGAAGAGCUCCAAUCUGGGUUAACGGGUCAUUCCACUUUCUUUUGCCUCAAAUUUAUUACAACCAAUCAUGUUGCUCGAUGCUGGGAUUUGCAGCCAUGGACUACAUGAAAUGGAUCACUACUGGAAACAACCUUACCAGCGGAAACACAACAAACGUGAUAUGGCUGAACAUUGAUCUCGGAUCUCGAAGAGGAUUGAUAACUUGAACGAAAGAAUCGUUUGUGUUCACAACAGUGAACACAAACUCUGCAGCAAACUCAUCUUAUCUGCCAACUGGUUGUCGGACAAGCUAAAAUGUCCUGUCCAGACACCAACCUCCUUAGACAAAGUGUCUGGAAAGUUUAAAGAUCAAACCCGUGUAGUGCACUGGCCACUGGAGGAAUACAUUUGUUUCUUGGCCCCCUGAUGAGUUUCCCUUUGGAAGAAUAGCUCCGUUAAACACAUGAAACACCGCCCCUCACCCUUUCUGGGUUCGGGCCCAGGUGUUGUACAGCUUCCCCCCCAGAAGUCCGGCUACAGCAUAGUUGAAGUUCUGGAUCCGAGAUUAGGUGAGCGUGUUCCGCCGUGUUUUCCAGCAGUGUUGUAUGUCUGUGAUAUACCCGUUGAAGCAUGUACAGUGGGUUUAGCUUCCUUCUGAGAGUUAUUUAGGAGCUGUCGCUGUCGUCGUGGAAUAUAAAAAGAGCUAUAAUUGGAAAAGGAUGAUCUGUUUUUUACUCGGCUGUUAACCUUACCCUCUGCACUGUGGGGUUGGCUAUUUAUGAUAAUGCUGUUUUGUCAUCCUGGUCUGUUUGGUGAGCCAUCGUACUUCCCUCGUCAUCAUCACCCCUGACACUUUCUCCUUGCCUUCGGUGAGUGUGUAUGUGUGCCCUUCCUCCAACAUCUUUUUAUUUUUGCUUGUCUCUUUCUCGUUCUCCUCAUUUACAGGUUUUUAUUUGUAUUUUUAAUCACAAGAUGUCUGUGUUAAACUAAUAAUGUAUUGAAAUCUUUAUCACAUUUAGAUGGCCACAUUCAUUUCAUCAGUCAUCGUCUCCACUCAGGUGGAGUUAAAUAGCAUCAGUUGAUCACAUUGCACAUUUGGUACACGUGUGUCAUUCCUAUAUAUGAAUUUGUACAAAGUGGGUCCCUUAGGAGAUUGAGACCCACAGCCCUACCAGUUAUGGUGUUCUUUGUAGUAUGUGCUGUAUCUUUCUAUGUUAUGGCAUGUAUUAUGAGGCUGCUGCUGUUGCAGGCAGAUCUUCACUGCAUUAGAAAAUGUGCCUGCUCAGAGGGCAUACGAGCCACCAGCAAUCUGUCACUGAACAUUACACACAUUAGUGGUACACACACAAAAGGUAGACGUACCUGCAUACAAUAUCAAACACUAAAAGAAUCACAGAUAUGGUGUACUAGGUUGUGCUUAUGCAAGGUUUCUUUUUAUGUUUACUUUAGAAUAAUUUGGGGGCUAAAUGUGUUUUUUCUUUCCUUUGUGGUAAGCGUUAUUGGCAAAAGCUUAAAAAAUGACAUUCGUGGUCAGGUUUGCAAGAAUUCAUUUUACAUUUAAAUGUAUUAAUUAAAUGAUUGUACUGUUACGUAUUGUGUAGGAGAAGUGUUAUGUAUGCAUAUUUUCAAUAAAGCAUUCAGGGUUUUAAAGUGUGUUAAAAACACAUAA